CAAUCCGCGGGAGCUAUCGUGUUUAUCAACAAGUGCCGCAUACACCUGCUUUCGCGUCAGCUUCCGUGACGGUCGUUUGGCAACCACCGUGAUCGGUGGCAACCUCUUCGUUGCCGGUGGUUCUUCAAAUCGUGUUCGAAGGCGAGGUUAAAGCAUCGAGUCGUGUUCCCGACCAACCACCACCUUGCUGCGUGAUAAAUCGUGCGUGUUACUCGUCGACGAAGAUCGUCCUCGUCGACUCUUCCUCCAACCUUCUGCCUCCUCUUCUGGUUUUCCGCUUUUGUUUCCUUCGUUUCCUUGGUUUUUCCCGGUUUUCUCGUCGAGCGUGAGUUCACUGGAAUUACAUACUAUUAAUAACCCAACGGUGUCGUUGCACGAUGCUGCUCUUGACCAGCUAUUUUUUAAAGGAUUUUUGCUCUCGACGACGAACAGUGGCAUUUUGUCGAAAAUUUUCGUGUCGUUCUUCUUGUGUCGUCGUAGGUUUAUUAGAUUCGAGAUCGUGAAAAGGGAAAAAUAAGUUUCUAACGGUUUGUUUCUAACAGGUAAAGGUUAGUUCCGAGAGGCUAAAAGGUUAGGUCAAUGAAUUGUCUAUCGAAUCAUCGAACUGUAUUUGUGCUUCUUCGUGUUUUUUAUUCGUUUUGUCAUCGUUGAAUUUUAAGUGAUAGAAUGUACGAUAGAUGUACUUGAUUUCGACAGACUUUAGCCCGAAAUGAAAAUUCGCCAGACAAGCAGAUCUUCGUUGUGUUCGCCGGGAAAUAUCUCCACGAAAUUGUGAGAAACUUGUUCAUAAUUAUUUUCGGUGACUACGUCUUGACGCAUAUUAUACCGAUUUAUUUAAGGAUCUCCGAUCGCAUUUGAAAAUUUUCUUGUAUCGUUCCGAUAUAUUCGCGCCGUAAAUACUUCGCUCCUCGAAGUACAAAGUCACCUGCUGCUCAUAAUUUACUGUCUCACGUCUUAAUAAACUGAUGAUCUUCACAAAACACUGAUGGAAGCUUGGAGACAUUAUCCAUCUUUUGGCAAGCAAAUUUCGUUCCUGCCAUCUUUCAUCGUCGCGUCAUCUGCAAACCCUCUUUCCACACAAUAUGUGCGCGUUGAAAUCUGCCGAUUUCGAAACAACGCUCGUUGUGAUCUCUUUGAAAAAAUCCCGAAAAUAUUCUCCAUUUCAAUUUAUACAACAAAGUGAAUUACACAAUUUAGCGAAUUUUGUAUUCUUCGCAUUUUUAUGAAUUGCAACGUGCGUAUAAAAGUGAAGUGAAUCUAUCGAAUCUCAAUGAAUCAGCGAGAAAACGUUAUUAUUUACUGGAUCUUCGCUUAAUUGUCUGCGAUGACCGCGUAGAAACGUGUUUUGUUCCACGCUUCAGGACACGAGGUUCAAUGAUGCACCGCUUAAUGAUCGAGGGGUGCGAUCGAGGAGGGUGGAAUCGAAAAUAUGAGAAAAGGGGCGCGGUUUUCGGAAAGCGGUCGUCACUAUAAAUAGAGCCGCCUCGUGCGUGCGUGCUAUGCUUUUAAACAUAGUUUUGGCAGCGCGAAACGUCAAACCGCCUCGGAGUGGCAAAGCGCGUGGAUCGUUUCGCGAAUUUCACGGAAAACAUUGGCCGGAAUCCUUAUUCCUUUCUACGAUACCUGGUUCAAAUCACGCCACACCGGACAUCUUCGAGUCUGGAGAAUAAAAUGUGACUGCGUGUUACUAUUUUUUAAAAAAUCAUUCGCCCCUUCGUUAACUCGUAUCAAGAAGGAAAUAAAGAAAUAGAAGAUUUACCGACAACAUCGAGUAAAAUAAAAUUCGUUUGAGUCUCAUCGUGAAGUCGCCUUUUGAUAAGCGAACGAUCAAUAUCGUUUUGAACGUUCGUCGAUUAAAUAAAUUAGCUGUUUUAUUUCGUUGGUUGUUGUGCCGCGUUUCGACGACUCUUUUCUUGCCUUUUCUUCCGAUUAAAGAGAGGUAAAAGAGCGGGUAGUUUCGUCGAGAGGAAGAAAUGAAAAGUGCAUCGGAGAAGUGUGACAAGGAGAAUCAGCGGCCGAUGGAGAGAAGCCACGAGGCUGAUGGAGACGCGCAGGAUGCCCAGGACGAAGAAUAUACGAAGGACAUUGUAGACGUCGGUAGGACGAGCCGCUACGUUCUAUUAGUGUGAUGUCACCGAGCAACAAAAGCGCGGACGAGGCUAUAAACGAAGCGUUGUUGGAGAAGCUGCGAAAUUGCGUGUCCAAGCCGCAGGAGGCCGAUACGUUCAGGCACAUCGCAGCUAAGAUUCAUGCUCGUGUCACGUCUUCAGAUCGGCGGGUACGUGAGCGCACGUUGGAGAAAUUAUGGCGCAAGAAUUCCGGCGCGAUGGAAAUAUUCAUCACAACGUUGGAGAACUGCAAGGAUCACGUGAUAAACUGCAGUAUCGCCAGCAUACUACACGAAUGCAUAUCACCCCGAGUCGCGAAGGGGAAGACCAAAGGGAACAAGAACAAAAGUGCCACAAGAUCCAGCAGCCGAAUGGCAGUGAUGCAGCUGAUCAAUUUAGGAAUCACGCAAGUUCUAGUUAAGCUUUUAGUUAACCUGCAACACGCGGACACUAUUUCGAGCGAAGUGCUCACGCAGGAGGUGCUUUGGCUUCUGGGCCAGAUAGCCCAAAGGGACCAGAAGUUCGUGUCAAAGAUAAAGAUGCUUAAUACGAUAAAAUUGUUUCACACGCUCCUGAAGCAACAUUACAACAACAGCAAAACGCUACUACCGUUGUUGUUGACUGUCAAGUGUCUGGCCAGGAACUCAAUCUCUCUUCAAGUGUUGGUGAAGGACGGGAUCUCCAGCACACUGGAGAAAACGUUCGUAUGCGUUGGUUACAUGCCGCAUCUGAAACUCAGAUUGCUGUUAGAGUGUUUCAAAUAUUUCACAACGAGCAAACUUUGUUGCACGAAAUUCGUGAAGGUGGGCCUUGUGCAUCUGUUGAUGAGGAUUUUCGAAAGAUGGGAACGAUUCGACGGCCCGAUGAGACUGAAGAUUUGCAAUUGCGCCUUGAUCACGUUGCAGCACUUAUGCGUCAUAAAAGCCGGCAGAAAGGCUAUCAAGACGAACAAUGGUCUGCAACUACUGUACCGGUUUUGCAGCAACUGUCCGGAGGAUAAGGCAUACGAUUCGUUGCUGUCACGUAUAUGCGGAAUAAUCAAUCAAUGUCUGGAGAAGAAGGAGCUGCCAGUGCCCGAAAUGUCUCCGGCAAGAUUCGUGCUACCUGAAGCAAACGUUAGACCGAAUAGCGCCGAGAGUGGCAGCGACAUCGACAGCCAGGCCUGUAGCGUGGCGUCUCUUGGAAGACUGUACAGUGACCUUGAUUCCGGAGACGAAGAAGAAAGUCAGAAUUCAAGGACGAACGCGAAAAAUAUGAACGCUGCCGACGAAGUGGACGAGAGCAAAUUCUUCGCUGGUGUGUUCACUUCUCAAAGAUCAGAGGAGGAUCUGGCUGAAUACGGCGCUUUCUUCAAAGAAUUAGGCAACCUACAGAAUCAAAUUUGCGUAGCAAAGUCUUCGACCGAGAAAUUGAUCGAUGUAACAGACACGAGAAUAUGUAGUAGCAAAACAAAAACGUUCACGAAGGAUCCGACAAAAGAAGGGAUAACAAAGAAUCAAACGUCGAAUAAUGACACGGCGAUCAAAAUCUUUAACGACAUGUCUUCGAAUUUGUCGGAUCAACAGGCCUAUUGCGUAAUAGCAAGCAGAGUGAAAAGCGUGAUAGGUUUCGUGAAGGUGGCUUACCCGGAUCUAAUCGGUGGCGAUGGUCUUGGGAAAGACGAGCCUUUGAACAACAAGGACAGGAAGGUCUGUCGAUCGAAACUUCUUACGUGCGUGGAACGAGGUCUUCACGGUGGCACCUUGGUUCAAGAAGUAGUCUAUGAUCUUGACGCUUUAGCUUCUAAUAACAGCGACGAGCAAACACCGGCUGAUAAUCAUUUGUGCAACUGGGAUGAGAACAGGAUAGGGAAACGUUGCUCCGACACCAAACAGUUGCACUUCGAGUCCAGAUUCGAGAGCGGGAAUCUGAGAAAAGUUAUUCAGAUAGGCCCGAGAGAGUACGAUCUAAUCUUGACGCCGGAUGUGAACAGCGGCUCCAGGCAUCAGUGGUUCUAUUUCGAGGUGUCAAACAUGGAAGCGAACCUGCCGUAUACCUUUAACAUCAUCAACUGCGAGAAGGCGAACUCGCAGUUCAAUUUCGGUAUGAAACCGAUUCUCUUCAGCGUGACGGAAGCUCAGUUAGGCAGGCCAGGUUGGGUGAGAACAGGCGCUGAUAUCUGCUACUAUCGGAACUGUUACCAACGUCCAACCAAGGGGAAAAAUUAUUUGACUACGUCGUUCACUGUCGCCUUUCCUCAUGCGUACGAUGUUUGUUAUCUGGCGUACCAUUUCCCUUAUACGUACAGUUUGUUAAUGACUAAUAUUUGGAAGUGGACCAGGAGGGUUCCUUCGAAUACGUAUUUCAGAGCGGAGACUCUUUGCGAAACGUUAAACGGAAACAACAAUCCUCUGUUGACUAUUACGUCUUUGGAUUCUAAGAGCAAUCCUAUACAGAACCGUAAAGUGAUAUUUCUAACAUCGAGAGUUCAUCCGGGUGAAAGCAAUGCUUCAUGGGUGAUGGAUGGUACGUUAGAGGCGCUGUUGAGCAACAACCCUUACGUAGCGAGUUUACGAGACGAUUACGUAUUCAAAAUAGUGCCAAUGCUGAACAUCGAGGGUGUGGUAAACGGUUGUAAUCGCUAUGGGCUGACGAACGAAGACUUGAACAGACGAUGGAGCAAUCCGAAUCGGGUACUACAUCCGGUGAUCUAUCACACGAAGGGCCUGAUGGAGUACUGCACGAGGGUGUUGCAAAGACCUCCCUAUGUUUUCGUCGACUAUCACGGCCAUUCACGGAGGAAGAACGUGUUUCUGUUCGGUUGCUCAAGGUCGGGUUCUUGGAGCGCCGCGGACAGGGCGAAACCGGACCAGCCGGCGCAGUAUUUGAUGUUGCCGCACCUCAUGCAAAGAAUAUCUCCGGCGUUCGCGUUGCCACUGUGCUCGUUCAAGGUCGAAAGGAACAAGGAGUCCACGGCUAGGGUAGCCAUAUGGCGGCAGUUAGGUGUUUCGAGAAGCUACACCAUGGAGAGCAGCUUCUGUGGAUGUGACCAAGGAACGUUGGCAGGCUUGCAUCUAGAUACCAAACACUUGAAGGCGAUCGGCCAAGAUUUCUGUCAGGCUCUGUCCAUGAUGAAGGACUGUGCCGAGGAUUGGAGCGUCGAGAAGAUUUCUGAACGCAGGUCAUUGGUGGAAGACUGUUGCCCGCGAAAAUGCAUUUUACGGAAAUCCAGAAAGGUUCUCCCUAAAUGUAUUCAGGAUAAGACUGCGGUGCAUCACAUCGCUGCGAUCGCGUAACGAACGAUCGAGUAGACGAUCCGAGGAUCCCCAUGGGAGAAGGCAUUCCCGAGGAAUCAGGAUGCAUGGAGGAUGAGAUUUCGUCCAGUUGCGAAUCGGACGAGUCCGACUUUGAAACUUAGGAAUAUCUCGAAAUUUCGAAUUUCAUGGAAUCGACAGGGAUUAUCGACGAUCGGUGUUUCUUCGUUCAUCGAUCGGAAAGUCGCGCAGGUUUCUUUGUUGCCGAAUAAAAGAAGUAAGAACACCGGGGAAAGAUUCUGUACACUUUGAAGAAUUUUUAUUUAAACUCGUAACAAAUGUCAAGCUAUUUCUACGGAGAUCCUAUCUAGAAACUGAAGCCCCGUUUUAAUGUAUACAAUCUCGAAAAUGAACGCGUCGCUGUUUGUAAAUUGAAACUUCUAUUAAAUUUGAGCAUCUUAAACAUCACCGAUACCGAAAGUACGUUCGCUUAACCAGAAUUUGAGAACUUCGUUGGCUAAAGCAAACGAUUAAACGUGAGAUGAAAUUUUCGAGAAAUCAAGGUCACGAGCAACCAAUCCGGUAGAAGACUUAAAGCGGCGGAUCUACGGAGAAGCGAUUCGAAUUAAUUUCAAAGAUAAAAAAUCCUCGAAACGAAUUGUACUUUUUCUUACGAACGCCCACACAGUGAUUUAGUUAAGCGAAAAAUCAAGCGAGUGUUCUAAAAGGCAAAAUCCAUUUUCUUUUACAUGCUGUACCUCGCUCUUUACAUUAAUUGUAUGUGAUACUUUAUCGAUUGUGAUCAUAGAAAAUAAAGCUUACUUAUAAUACGGUAAA